GUCGAGGAAUCCUUCAAGUAUGUGUUGAAUCCAGAAUCAGAAUCCUUUAAGUAUGUGUUGAAUUCUGAAUCCAGAAUCAGCAAUGGAGAGGGAGGAAGAGAGUCUGAAUAAUCGGGGCCCCGUUUCAUACUGGAAACUUGUGUCUUUCUCUGAUCCUCUCGAUUACUUUCUCAUGCUUGUGGGAACUGUGAGUGCUCUGUUACAUGGCAUCAUAAAUCCCUUGAAUAUGGUCAUCUUUGGCAAAAUCGUCAAUAGCUUCGGUUCCAAUCAAUUCGAACGUUCCAAAGCUGCACACGAAGUUGAACAUUUGGCGUGGGUGCUCCUAAUUUUGGCGGCCAACAGUUUUUGGGUUACUUGGCUUGAGGUGACAUGCUGGAUGAGUACUGGAGAGAGGCAGACGGUGAGGAUGAGGGGGAAGUACUUGGAAUGCUUGCUCAAUCAGGAUAUUCAGUUCUUUGAGGAGGAGGAUUCAGAUAAUGCUCAAAUUGUAACCAGUGUUGCAACAGAUCCCCUGCUAGUCCAAGAAGCCAUUGGUGAAAAGGUUGGAGUAUUUCUGCACAUGAUGGGAACAUUUGCAGGUGGAAUAGUGAUUGCAAUGGUUACCUGUUGGCAAAUUGGAUUACUGAUACUGGGUUCAGUGCCCUUGAUGCUUAUAACCGGUCUAACAUAUGGAUAUUUCUAUAAGAGGCUUGCAAUAAAGAACAUGUCCUUGUAUGCUAAAGAUGGCUCUGUUAUCCAACAGGCAAUCAGCCAGGUCAGAACUGUUUAUGCUUGUGGGGGAGAAGCAAAAGAAGAAGAAAACAUCUCCUUGGUUUUGGAAGAGGCCAUGAAAGUGGGCUUACUCUCUUCUCUAGUAAGAGGUGUUGGUUUGGGGAUAAUAUUUGCAAUCAUCAACUGUUCUUGGGCAGUUGCCCUGUGGUUUGGAGGUAUUCUCAUUUCACACAAAACAGUAACACCUGGUCAGGUUAUCACAUCAGUGUUCUGCAUCAUCUUUUCUGGCAUGGCAUUAGGGGAAGCUCUACCAAAUCUUCAAAUUUUUCAAAAUGGUAGACUGGCUGGAAGGAGAAUAUUCAACAUGAUUGAAAGAACACCAAAAAUAAACAUCUGGAAGUCCAGAGGCAAAAGCCUGACAGAGGUCAAAGGGGAAAUAACAUUUGAGAAUGUUAGUUUUUAUUAUCCCUCACGCCCAACCAUUUCAGUAUUCUCAGGCCUGUCCUUCACAAUUUCAGCUGGAAAAACAAUGGCCUUAGUAGGAAGUAGUGGAUCUGGUAAAAGCACUGCAAUCUCUAUCAUUCAACGAUUCUAUGAUGUAACAUCAGGUCGGAUUCUUUUUGAUGGUGAAGACAUCAGAGAUUUGAAUUUAAGAUGGUAUAGAAUGCAAAUUGGGUGGGUAAGUCAGGAACCUAUCUUAUUUCGCUGUAGCAUUAAGGAAAACAUUCUCUAUGGGAAUUCCACUGCUUCCAUGGUUGAGGUUGAAGCUGCUACUGAAGCUGCUAAUGCUAACACUUUCAUAAAAUCCUUUCCAAAGGGCUAUGACACGAAGGUAGGUGAAAAAGGAAUCCAGUUGUCGGGAGGCCAGAAGCAAAGGAUUGCAAUUGCUAGAGCUAUCCUGAAAAAACCAAGUAUAUUGAUAUUUGACGAAGCCACAAGUGCACUUGAUCCAGAGUCAGAGCAAAUUGUUCAAUCUGCUCUUGAAUCCAUCAUGGUUGGACAUACCUCACUUGUAAUUGCCCACCGUCUAUCUACAAUCAGGCAAUCUGAUUGCAUUGCAUUUUUCUGCAAUGGAAAAAUUACUGAGAUGGGCACUCAUGAAGAAUUAGUUUCGAAUGGUACAGCAGGAGAUUAUGCAAGGCUUCUUAGUCUGCAAGAAACCAAAGUAGAAGAAAAAAAUGACAUUGCUGAAAGCAUAUCAGAAAAACUGCAAGGUCAGUCAUCCAACUUGCAUGAGCUCUCAGAGAACACAAGUUUUGAACAAGAAGACUUCUCAAUUUGCUCCAGUAACGGAACUGAAGCCGAAAAUGAUAGAAGAGGAUUGACAAACAAGUUGGAAAGAGGAUCAUAUCUCGAUUCUUUAAGCCCCGAGACCUUUGCAGUAUAUAAAAAACUAACAGGGCCAAACUUGCCUUCUUUCUUUAUAGGAACCACAGGAGCCAUAUUUGCAGGCACUGUGAAUCCUCUGUUUGCACUAGUUCUUAUGGAAGUUGUCGCUAUUUACUUUGAAACUGAUAUCCACAAUAUUCAGAAAGAUGUCCAAAAAUGGGCAAUUGUGUGCGCGGGAUUAGGCAUUGCAGCCAUUUGCACCAGCAUUCUUCAAUAUUUCUUCCUUGGAAAGGCAGGAGAAAAUUCGUCAAAGACUUUUCAAGUGGAAACAUUUAAAGCUAUCAUGAAGAAUGAAGUAGGAUGGUUUGAUCGGGAGGAGAAUGGGAGCUCUUCAAUCACAGCAAACAUAUUAGCAGAUUUCGUUCUAGUAAAGAAUACCAUUAGUGACUACAUUCCUUCAUUGUUCCAGUGCCUUACAUCAACUAUAAUGGCCUUGAUUAUUGCCUUUUUGCUCGAAUGGCACAUGGCUUUGGUCACAUUCUUAACAUUCCCAGUGGUUAUGGCUGGAGGCUCAAUCAAGGAGAAAUUUAUGAAACGAGGCUUAAGUGGAGAUCUCAGAGAACUCCAUGAACAAGCGUGCAACAUAGCAUAUGAAGGAGUAGGAAACAUAAGAACCGUAGCAUCCUACUGUGCAGAAGACAACAUCCUCUGGUCUUUCAAGAAGCAUCUGACUGAGCCGCUUAAGAAACAUUUCGUUAUGGCUCACAAAAUGGGAAUUGUCUUUGGCGGUUCCCAAUGUGCCCUGUUCUCUGCAAACGCAUUAAGUCUCUGGUAUGGCUCUUUGAUGGUAAAACAAAAAAUAGCAUCCUUUUCCACUGUAUUGAAAGUCUUCCUAGUCCUGGGAUGGACAGCAUAUUUUCUGUCAAAAGCCCUCACACUGCUGCCUGACAUACAAAGAGGAGCCUCUGCUGCCUCUAGCCUGCUCCAACUCAAGAACCGCAGGACAAAAAUCGACCCUGACAACCCGAGUGCUAAAACGCUCCAAGAGCUUGAGGGCAAAAUCGAGUUCGAGAAUGUGUUUUUUCACUACCCAUCCAGACCCAAUUAUACAGUGCUCUCAGGGAUUGAUCUCUCGAUAGAAUCCGGAAUCUUGGUAGCAUUGAUAGGCUCCAGUGGUUCAGGAAAAUCAUCAAUGCUGUCUCUGCUGCUAAGAUUUUAUGACCCUAACAGAGGAAGAAUUCUCAUCGAUGGAACUGACAUAAAAACCAUGAAUCUGAGAUGGCUGAGAAGACAGAUCGGGAUGGUUUUUCAAGAGCCAGUGCUCUUUGCGACCUCCAUUAAAGACAACAUAUUGUAUGCAAAUGAGCAUAUUAAUGCAAGUGAAGCAGAAAUUGUUGAGGCUGCAAUCUCUGCCAAUGCUCAUGAAUUUAUCAGCAAUUUGCCAGAGGGGUACAGUACAACGGUUGGUGGUGGGGGUUCUCAGCUUUCUGGGGGACAGAAGCAGAGAAUUGCAGUGGCGAGGGCGUUGCUGAGGAAGGGAAGAAUCCUUCUCAUGGAUGAGGGAACCAGUGCAUUGGACUCUGAGUCCGAGCAAGGAGUACUGAAGGCUAUUGAGCAGGCUGUAAGAGGAGGACGUUGCACUUGUAUCAGUGUGUGCCAUCGAAUGGCUUGGAUGAAUGUUGCAGAUAAAGUCUUCCAAAUUCAAAAUGGAAAACUCCUGUCUACGAUUUCCCCUGUUUUACAGAAGAAAGGAAAUGCAUUGUGAUUUUUCUACUAUAAUCAUCGCACAAGGGCACUAUACUUGUCAUAGAAAGUGACAAUGUUUCACAUGACAUGUACUCAUUACAAGUCUAAAAAUAGAUCAAAAUUAAGGUAUAAUCAUUUUA